AUGUCUCCAAGAUUGAGGAUCUGGGGCGCAUGUAGAGCUCUCGCAAUUCGGUCGAGACCCAUCGCCCCCCGAACCGAGCCGUUUGUCAACUCGCUUCCCCGAACCCGAUGGUACUCGAACGACGGAGACAAGCAACCGCCGAAACCGAUUGACAACUCCAACAACGCCGAGCAGCCCCAAUCGCAAGUGGAAUCGAAGGAGGCCAGUGCCUCCAGUGCGCCUGUUGAGAAUGGAGAGUCUGAGGUGACAUCUUCCACAAACGAGUCCAAUGUCGAAACUCUGGACGAUGCGACCCUCGAGCAACUCUUUUACGGCGGUCGUACAGUGACGAGCCAGGGCGAGGGCGGUUUGACACAGGCCCAGGAGGAAACCCUCUACCGCGAAGGCAUGAUCCCACCUGCCGAGGAGGCGGAGGCUCUUGUGGCAGCGGCAGAAGAAGCCGACCUUGUUGCGGAGGAGGAGGAGGAGGGCGGACUGCAAAACCCCGGGCACAAGUUUGGACUUCCCAGGCGGCCGUGGCCCGAAGGCUUCAACCAGAAGAAGCGAUACCACCCCGUCCUGGAGCAGAUCACGCGACUCCUGAUGCGGGACGGCAAGCUGAGCGUUGCGCAGCGGAACAUGGCUACCGUCAUGAACUUUCUCCGAACCGCGCCCGCGCCGAUCUACAGCCCGAAAUUCCCCCUCCUGCCCGGAACCCCGCCGGCCGCCCACCUCCCCCUCAACCCCAUCCUCUACAUCACCGUCGCCAUUGACUCGGUGGCGCCGCUCCUAAAGAUCCGCAACGUCUCCGGCGCAGGUGGUGGUGGCCGCGCCCUCGAACUGCCGGUGCCCCUCGCUGUCCGACAGCGCCGGCGUAUCGCCUUCCAGUGGAUCCUCGACGUGGUCAACAAGAAGCCCUCAAAGGGCAGUGGACGCAAGCAGUUCCCCACUCGAAUAGCCGAGGAGAUCAUCGCCGUCGUGGAGGGACGGUCGGGCGUGUGGGAGAAACGGAAGCAGAUCCACAAGCUGGGCACGGCGGCCCGAGCCAACGUUGGGUCCAACAAGCUCAAGGUCAAGAAGAAGAUGUAA